AGUCCGCCGCCGCAGCCUAGGGGGCACUUCCGAGCUGGCGGCGGAGCUGGGGAAUCGCACACGGUUUGGCGGCAGGCAGGGGGCAGAGAGACAAAGAGGGAGGAGGGAAAAGCAAAGCCGCAGAAUUAAGUCGGGGAGGAGGCAAGCGCAGCCUUUUCUCCUUCGGGCAGGCAGCUCCCCGCAGGAUCCAGGGAAAGCCGGGAGAGACGGACAAAGAGACCGAAUCGUCCAUGGGGAAAGGCGGGGAGCAAGGCGAAGAAGGCGGCGGCGGCGGCGGCGAACGGGAGGCGCCGAUUCCCUCGUAUACCUGGGAAGAGAUCCAGAAGCAUAACUUGCGCACGGACAAGUGGUUGGUGAUCGAGCGAAAGGUGUACAAUAUCAGCCAGUGGGUCAAACGGCACCCGGGGGGGAUCCGUGUGAUCAGUCACUACGCUGGUGAAGAUGCCACGGAUGCAUUUUGGGCCUUUCACCCAGACAUCACCUUUGUGCAGAAGUUUCUUAAGCCAUUAUUGAUUGGAGAGCUUGCGCCAGGAGAGCCCAGCCAAGACAGAGGCAAGAAUCCUCAGCUGGUAGAAGAUUUCCGUGCCCUGAGAAAGACAGCAGAGGACAUGAAGCUAUUCAAGGCCAAUCCUGUAUUUUUCUCCCUUUAUUUGGGUCAUAUCAUUGUGAUGGAAGUUCUGGCUUGGUUAAUGGUAUCAUACUGUGGUACGAGUUGGACCAUAACGUUUGUACUUUCCAUCAUCCUCACAGUCUCUCAGGCCCAGGCUGGGUGGUUGCAACAUGACUUUGGACACCUCUCUGCAUUUAAGAAGUCUGCAUGGAACCAUCUAGUUCAUAAGUUUGUGAUUGGUCACUUGAAGGGUGCCUCAGCAAAUUGGUGGAAUCACCGGCACUUUCAGCACCACGCAAAGCCAAACAUCUUUAAGAAAGAUCCAGAUGUGAACAUGUUGCAUCUCUUUGUCUUGGGAAAUACCCAGCCUGUGGAGUAUGGAAAGAAGAAGCUGAAGUAUUUCCCUUAUAACCAUCAGCAUGAAUACUUCUUUUUGAUUUUCCCACCUCUCCUUAUUCCAGUCUAUUUCCAAAUGCAAAUCUUCACGACAAUGUUCAAACACAAGUUCUGGGCGGACCUGGCAUGGGCCUUCAGUUACUAUAUACGCUACUUUAUCACCUACAUCCCAUUCUAUGGAUUUCUUGGAUCUCUGGUUCUCCUCACCUUUGUCAGGUUUAUCGAAAGCCAUUGGUUUGUUUGGGUUACUCAGAUGAAUCAUAUUCCAAUGGAAAUUGACAAUGAGAAGCACAGAGAUUGGCUCAGCUCUCAGUUGGUAGCUACCUGCAAUAUUGAACAGUCUUUUUUCAAUGACUGGUUUAGUGGACAUCUGAACUUUCAAAUAGAGCACCACUUGUUUCCCACAAUGCCACGCCACAACUACCACAAGAUAGCACCACUGGUAAAGUCCCUAUGUGCCAAGUAUGAAGUCCCUUAUGAAGAAAAACCUCUUCUGAAAGCAUUUGCAGAUAUUGUUGGAUCCCUAAAAAAAUCUGGAGCACUCUGGUUGGAUGCUUAUCUCCAUAAAUGAAGCUGGAUUCCAGUGAAGAGAAUGAGUUAGCAAAGGGGAGGGCUGGGGAAAGGGGUAAUAUGUAUUCUUCUUGUCUGAUUUCAGUCUGUAUGUGUAUACAGAGUUGGAAAGAAGUUUCCUGUACUGUAUUGUCAAACUGAAGUUGAAGCAGAUUGAGGGAACCUAUUUUAAAUCAGACAGAGUUUCAGAUGUGUCAGAUACUGAAAAUAAAAAAGAUCUUAACAC